AUGACGGUUGAGACAGACCAGUACAACGCGACGCGCCGCAUAGCCGGCGCGGUGUCGAACCAGGCGUCGAUAGAUCAGCUGGGCCAUGAAGUGUCCGAGUCGUCGCUCUUAAACGACGGCAGCGCAGGCUUUGUACAGCUGUUCAAAGAGAGCUCCGUCGAAGAGAUCCAUGUCAUGGCAUUUCUGCAGAUGAUGCUGGUGUCAGAAAAACUGGACGAGUACUUCCGUGUCUGGAUCAAUCACGUGGACAGGUAUCCAAGUAGCACAAACCUGGUGGCCUGGGACUGUCUGCAUAAAACUCUGGCCAGGCUGGCAGCCGAGAAGUUUGCCAAUGUGACCACCAAACAGCAAUUCGACUCGGUUUUUGCGAAACUUGCGGGAGAUAGUACGUUGACCACAUUUGGUGCCAUGGUCCAGCACUUGCUCGCCUUCAGAGUGCUGGGAGAUUCCAACGAAGUCAAGUCUUCGUUCGAACACACCGUCAUGAGUCGGCUGUCCAAGCUAAGUUUCCCCAAAGCUACCGAGUCGAACCACGAAAUUGACCUGCUCAUAGAUACCGUCAUUUUCAUUUACCAAUACCACCGCCAGGACUUUCCUGUGGACACAAUCAUUGAACAAGGUCUGCGCAAGUCCUACCAGAACAUACCACUGAUGAAGUUGUGGUGUCUGGCAUCUAUACAGAAAAACGACAUAGAUACGCUUGUGCCAGCCUACAGAGUGUAUCUGGGCUACAACCAUGAGCGGACAGUGCAGAAUUUUGGCGGCCACAUUGAUAUUUUCGAAACCAUAGAUCUUUCGAGCAGUGUGUUGGGAUAUCUCGUCUCAACCAAGCUGCAGCGCAACUUAUACGACCAGGUGGUCGUCUGGUACAACGACCUUCGAAACAUGGUGGAAAAGGACCUUAUAGAGAUGUUAGGAGAGGGACCAUAUACUGUGCUGCUGACUCGCAAAUUGGCCUUAAUCUGGUACAUGCUCGGUAAAAUCUCACAGCAGCUGUGCCACACCAACACAGUGACCAAGGAAAUACUGGACUCGCGGCUCAGCAACACGCUGAAAUAUUUUGAGCAUGCCGUUCAGCUUGUUCAGAGUCUGCCAGCACACCAGCCCAACGAUACACAGAUAGGCCGGUGGUAUUUCGAUUACUCUUUCUCACUGAUCAAAAUGGGCAGACUGAAAGAUGCCAUCAAGAACCUCAAAAUUGCAAUCAAACACGACCCGGAUAAUAUCCAGUAUCUCAACAUGAUCACUCUAGUGUAUUCAGCUACGGAGGAAAAUUUGGAUAAAGCGCUGAAAAUCAGCUCUGAGGUGAUACUCAACUUAAAAUCACAACUUGCCGAGACGGACCCUGCCGAAUUGAGCAGCUCGCGCAAAUGGGACAUUCUGCAGAUGUUCAUGACCUACAUCACGCUCGUGGGGGCCGAUCAGGACACGUUCGAGGCGGUUGAGUGCAUGCCUAUGUUUUUUGAGGUUGUUCAUCAGCUGUUUGGGUCAGAGAUCAGCCCGGGCGACUCCGCAGCCGUCGAGGAGGUUUCCGAGAAGGUGUCUGAAAACGGCAAGAAAAACAUCCUCCGCAAAAUCAAGUCUGGUCGAGGAAAAAAACCGGCUACCGUGCGCGUGACUAACAAUUUGAACUCGCAGGAAACCAAAAUGGUGCACGAUAUUUGGCUGUGGACGUCCAAACUCUUUGAAAAACAGGACAUGGUGGAUGACGCAGAGGGCAGCGUGGCAGAGGCGGUCUCUGUGCAAUCUGAGACGUAUCUCACACAUGCUCGGCUGGGCCAGCUGUACAUUGGGCUGAACAACAAGCGAGCUCUUCAGGAGCUGGAGGCAUCGCUGGACCUGAAGGAGGACGGCAAUGUGGAGGGUAUUUUGGGUUUUUCGAACCUAGUUCUUUUUGCGAACGACAAUUCGGUGUUUAUUAGCGACGUGGACCGCAUGGCUGCCAUUUCGAGAUGCAAGAACUAUCUCGAAUCGCUGACGACAAACUACAAGUAUUUCCAGAUCAGCGACAUCUACUACGACCUGGCACACAUCUACGAGCUGACAGGCGACCGUGAAAACCAGGAGAGGUGUCUUACAAAAUGUGUGGAGCUGGCCGACAGCCAGGCAGUUCGCGUGUUUGACGAUAUUUUUUAG